UGUGUGUUGACGGACUGGUUUCACUCCGGCUCCUUCAGAAACAGGCUCCUGAGUUCCUCCGACAUUUUCCUCGCUUUGUUCAAAGACAGAAGUCACCAAAGAGCAUGAACAGUUUAAUUAGAAGCAGCGCUCGGUGUUUGCGGUCCGGGGCGGCGGUGUACCUGCCCAGACAGGCCGACGGACGCGUGUGGUCGGCCUCGGCCCGGUUCCUGUGCGCGGCGGCGGACCUCCAGAAGGACCUUGGUGAGAUGGUGAAGAAGGACAAAGUGGUGGUUUUCAUGAAGGGGACUCCGGCUCAGCCCAUGUGUGGCUUCAGUAACGCCGUGGUGCAGAUCCUCCGGAUGCACGGAGUGGACCACUACGCCUCGUACAACGUGUUGGAGGACUCGGAGCUCAGAGAAGGAGUCAAGGUGUUCUCCAACUGGCCCACGAUCCCUCAGGUGUACUUCAACGGCGAGUUUGUCGGGGGCUGCGACAUCCUGCUGCAGAUGCACCAGAAUGGAGACCUGGUGGAGGAGUUAAAGAAGCUAGGCAUCACUUCUGCACUGCUGGAGGCUGAGAAGGAAUCCAAGUAGAGGAGGAGGAGAGACUUCAGGACAGAGGACACAUUUAUCAGGUGUAAUCCCCCACUCAGAUGAUCACACGUGAAUAUCAACCCUCGAGGCAGCCAAGGGCAAAAGUGACGGCACAGCGAGAGUGCAGAGGACAAUGACAAUGACACGUUUUGGCUUUACCAUGUCCCAUACCCACAAAGAGCUCAGAGUGUGAUACAGAGCUCCUCUAAAUUUGAAAAGAUCAUGUGACUAACAGGUGAGGACUUAAAUUUAGGAAGAAAAUAGUGGACAGUGUCUUUACAGUCUGCCCACAUUUCUCAGCAAAGAUGUUUUUCAGUCUUUUUCAGGGCAUCAGAAACAAGUUGCGAACACAACAACAUGUUAUCACCUUUUAACAUUAAUUUGGAGUCGCAUUUGAGUCCAUGUGAUGAAUGAAUUCUGAUAUUCACUGCCCUGAUUUGAUCCCCGUCAGCUCCUGAGAAAAGCUCUUGAGGUGCUAAAUGCUCCACUGUGUUCACCAGGUAGUUGCAGACUGUCUCGAUCAGCUGCUUGGUGCUGGGCAGGUAGCUAUACUGGCCUUAGGAGAGCUUUUAUCGCUGCCUGCCGCAGCAAAAAAACAAACCAAAACCAUGAAGUUGAUGCCAAGAAAACCAAAACCAGGAGCUGAAAGCUGCUAUAAACCUCUACGUGGUAAACUCUGGUGAUCGUUCUCGGUGGGUUUGUCACCAGGAGCGACCUCUUUAUCAUCACACACAGUCUUUUGAUGCAUUAUUAGAAAAAUAUUGAUUACAGCAGCUUUAAUGUUUCCCUGUCACUUAGGACAUGGUGGAAAAACUUGUUCCGUAGUUGCUAUGUUUUGAAUACUUUUCUAUUUAAAUUCAUCAAAUUCUAAUUACUACCCCUAAAAAUAUUUGUAAAAAAAAAUAAAUAAAAUGUUUGAACGUCACUUUCACUUCCAUGUUGGACACUCACUGCCAGAGGGAGAAGUUGCGAUUCCCUCCCUGUCUUUUAAUUAGUUUACGCAAAGUAUGUCGGCACACCUCGAUCAUGUUGCCCUCUAAAAGCUCUGCUACCUCUGCUGUCCACCUUUUGUCUGAAGUCACACUCUGACAAGACCAAGCAAGCCUCAGGGUGCACAAAGGGUAACUUAAGGAUUUCUUAUCCUGGAUCCUAUAUAUUGAGGUUUUUGUGUCGAAGUGACAAAGAGGAACAAGACAUUUUGAAAUUGGUCCAGUAUUGAGCGCUGAAAUAGAAUUCCUACAGGCACUUCACUGUCAGCUGUCAGUGUGCGUCCACUUUAAGUGUUUGUUUUUGUCACUGACAGGCUCAGAUUGUUAUUCUAAGUGUCUGACAACAUUAAGGAAUGGAUCCCUACAGAGAUAGAGAUUUUAUUUCACCAUAAAAUGGAGUUUAAAUGGAGUCUAGUGGGUUUGGCGACAGUGAUUUUCUGGUAAACAAAAAGGCUGUUCUCUGUAGGGAUCCUUUCUAUAAGAUUGUCAGACACUUAGCAUAAUCUGAGUCUGUCAGUGGCAAAAACAAACACUUUGAGUGGACGUACAUUGACAGCACACAAUUCAUAGAUGUUUAAUAAUGACUAGAUACCAGACCCCAAGAUGGCACCUAUUCAGUCCAGUGGAAUUGCUCACCUGGGGCAUACCCCAUUAAUAGUUUUGGAGCCUGUCAGUGACAAAAACAAACUUUUAGUGCACAUAUAUUGGCUCAAUACUGGACCAGUUAAAAAAAUGUUGCUCCCAUUCGUCACGUGGACACAAAGGAGCGGAAAAUAGGGUCCAGGUUAAAAAAUAUUGAAGUUCACCUUUAAGAUCUUUUGACCACACCAGGAAACGUCAUCAAACUGGAAAGCUUCCAGAUGCACACUGCCUGUAAGUACAGAUUACUAGAAGGAAGAACAAAGAGGGGGCGAUCUGAUGUUCAUACGUCAGGGAUUAAUAAAGCUGAUGUGGGUUCAUAGUAGUAGAAAUAUAUUUUAGUUGAAUAUCUGGCCAGUUACAUCUCGUCGGACCACACCUCACUGACCUCGCAACACUACAUGUGCCCUGUCAAUAUGACUGAUGGAACCGACACCAGCGUUCCCUGUUUGUUCUUCCUGCGAGAAACCAGAAGUGUCCCCGUUUUAAAGUCUACACCCGCUGAAACGCAACAAACAUACCAUGAUACCUUUUUCUCUUUUUCCUGAAGACACGUCUUCCCCAAGUAAAACGAGCGAGUGAACGCUUGUGGGUGGAGCAUUUGUGCUCUGCAGUUAGGAGGAGGUGUGAUACGCAACACAUUUGGACAACCAGAGGCAGUUUGUCUGUGUCUGCGUCUGUGUCAGUUCAUCACUGAAGGAAGAGUAUUUGAUUUUAUUUUUAUUUUUUUGGGAAGAGGCGGGGAGUUUUUGUUCGUCACUGAGCCUGACAUUUAUCUGUCCCAAAUGUUCCUCCUGCUGCACACAGUUGUAUUAUCACAAGUCAUGUAGUACACUGUAAGAUAUUGUACAUUGUAAGCAUAUGAUGAAAUGUAUUUUAGCUCCAUGUGAACCCUGCACCGAUUAAAUAUUUUGUGACACAAAUAAA